ACCAGGUGGCGCCACCGAGUCCCCGCGCGGGGCGGAGCGCCUACGGAGCGGGAGUAGCAUGUGGGCGUUCGGCUGUCGCGCAGCCGCCGGCUUGCUGCCCCGGACGGCGUCCCGGGCCUCCGCCUGGGUCGGGAACCCGCGCGGGAGGGAACCGAUGGGAACCUGCGGCCGCCGAGGCCUACGUGUCACAGCCAACGCCAGCGCCAUCGGCCAUGCCCAUUUGAACCUCCACUACCUCAGUCAGAUUCUGAACAUCAAAAAGCAGAGUGUCUGCGUGGUGCAGUUGAGGAACUCGGGGACAGUGGGCAACCCAAGCUCUCUCGAUGAGACCACUUAUGAAAGACUCGCGGAAGAGACCCUGGACGCCCUGGCAGAGUUCUUUGAAGACCUUGCAGACAAGCCCUAUACCCUGGAGGACUAUGAUGUCUCUUUUGGGGGUGGCGUGCUCACCAUUAAGCUGGGCGGGGAUCUAGGAACCUAUGUAAUCAACAAGCAGACCCCAAACAAGCAAAUCUGGUUGUCCUCUCCCUCCAGGCAUCAGGAUGUUGACAAGACCCGAAACGAAACAGAAGGAACUUUUCAGAACCUGGCCCAGACUGGUUUUCUCUGUUAUAUCAUUGCCCAGAAAAGAAAAGUCACUGGCUUGCCUUUGAAAAAGAAACUUUUGCCAGGUCUCAGUAAUUCUGCUGGCAGAACUGGGCUCAGACUCCAUCACAAUGGGACAGUGAUUUUUAGCAGCAGCCCCAGUGGCCCCAGCCUCAUGCCUGCCCCAUGGCCGUGCCUGCAGUUGAAGGAACAGCAGGAUGCACUGCAGUCAGCUCCUGUCUCAGAAUGAAGGACUUACUGAUGAGUAUGCAGCUGCAGCGUCAGUGGUCUGGGAACAGCUGAGAGAUGCCCACGGGGAGCCUUCACACUAACCUUGCUGAGUCUCAUCAGCAGUACUGAAGACAUUCUGAAGGAAAAGUGGGAAAUCUCAGCUAGAACCAGUGUGGAAUUCUUUGAAAGCCUAAUGGUAUUGGCCGUUUUAAAAAGGCACCAAGGUGUGGCUCAGUGGCAGAGAACUUGCCUAGCAUGAGAGAGAAGGCCCUGGAUUGGAAUCUCAGCACCACAACGAACACACAGCAAACAAAACUAUUACCAAGGCUGGAGAGAUGGCUUAAGAGCCCCUUCUGCUCCAGCAUGAGGGCUAAAGUUCAAAUCCUGGCAUCCGUGUCAGGUGGCCCACAUUCACUACGGGGUAAUUUGUCACUUACAAGAAACUCUUUUUAAGCCUGUAGUUGGAGCUGGAGAGAUGGCU